AUGGCCACGGCUAUAGCUACUCCACGUCCCCUACACUUUCAUCCGUAUUUAUAUUUAAAAAAAUAUUUAUCGUUACAGCACACGACGAUGACGGCAAUGAACAUGAAGAUAUCGAUGAGAAAUGUCCCGGAUGUAACUCCUGGUAAUUUUCUAAGACUUUGUGCACCGGAAGUCCAUCGACCAACUCCCAGUCUACCGCAUCCAACAUGGCGUCCAUCACCGGAAGUACACAUUCAGGAAAUUAUGUCUUCAUCAUUACGUACGCCUCUUCAUCCACUACAGCACAUGCGUCAACAACAGGAACUAGCUAUGCAGGCAAGACAGCAAGAACAGUUACAGUGCGAACAAUUUAACUUUGAACUUCAUCAAGCGCGUCUUCUUCAGCAAAAUGUUUUGGCAACCGGAAGACAGUUUGUACCAACACCUUCGACAAUGUCGUUGCCACCCACUAUGGGCAAUGCCCCAAUAUCACCUCCUGUGACGUUAGUACAACAACAGUGUCACACCCCAAAACAAUUAUCCCCCGCACCAGCGUCUGAAGCUGAUAUUCCUUGGUGGAGUGUACAAACUGGUACAACACCGGUUCCGCCUGAUAUAAAACCAGAAAUUCACUCCCACUUUUUAUAUGCUCAGCAGACGGGGGGCGUGGCCGAUCUUCAGUACCAUGCCCACAUCGCUUCCGUCAUGCAUGGAAUGAAACCAGCAAUUACUCCAACUCGACGAUGUAGACGCUGUAGAUGUCCAAACUGUCAAAAUUCUAAAAAUUCUGACAAUCCCGCUAAAAAGAAACAGCAUAUUUGUCACAUUCCGGGUUGUGGAAAAGUGUACGGGAAAACCUCGCAUCUGAAAGCUCAUCUACGAUGGCAUUCUGGGGAAAGGCCAUUUGUGUGUAAUUGGUUGUUCUGUGGCAAAAGUUUCACGCGAUCAGAUGAACUACAGCGUCAUCUGCGGACGCAUACAGGAGAAAAAAGGUUCGGCUGUCCAGAGUGUGGAAAAAGAUUCAUGCGCAGUGACCACUUAAGUAAACACGUGAAAACGCACGAGAACAAAAAGUUAAAACAAACAUCAAUCGAUUCAAGUGAAGACGCAUGCGCUGUCGACAGUGAUGACGAAGACAUCGAUGUUGAUGGUCUAGAUGAGGAUUCCGAUGUAAUGGACGAAAAUAUCGAUAUUUCGUGUGAUUACCAACAAAAUUAA